UUAUCUGCUGAUGAUACAGAAAUAUAACCAAAACAAAUCAAAAUUUAUCAAAACAAGAGUAGAGGCAUGCAGUAGCGUUUUGUCUUAAUAUAUAGCCUCCAUUAAAAGUGAAAUUCUCUAAUCUUUGUACCGUAUAUUCCUUGUAGUGUAGACUAAUCACCCAAUUCCCAGAACACUACCAACAAUGAGCAGCGGAUUUGUUACUGAAUCGGAGCUGGCCGAGGCUCGCCAAAAGCGCCAGGAAGAGUGGGAAAAGGUGCGAACAGCAGAUCAACCUUUAGAAGCACCGGAAGAGGAGUAUGACGGGCGGUCGUUGUACGACCGACUUCAAGAACAGAAGCAAAAGAAAGAUUUUGAAUUCGAAGAGGCCCACAAGCUAAAGAACAUGAUCAAAACCUUGGAUGACGAUGAGGUAGAAUUUUUGGAUCUAGUCGAUAAAAAUAAGUUGAAAGCAGAGCGACAGGCACAAAUUGAUGAGGCUAAGGAGAUGUCCGAGUUUCGGCAGAAAGUGGCUUCGUUACAAGAACAAAGGAUGGAUGAGAAAAUCCAACAGCAAAUAUCAAAGGGUAAACCAGCUAAAUCACCACUAGUUUCCAACAGAUUGUCUCAGAAGAAAAUUCUAGCAGGCGUGGUAGUAAAGAAGCGAAAGUUUGAAGACGAUCCACCAAACGUUUCGAAUAUAGCCAGCUCCAGUGAUCAGAAGAUAGAAGCUAAUGUAAUUGGAGAAACUAAAAACAAUCCGCCUGAGGAAUCAACGGCAGCACAGAUCAACGAAAACACCGCUAGCAAAAAAUUGAAGACCGGUGCCAUGCAAGUCAUUGGAAUACUGCCCGGACUCGGAUCCUAUCGGGAGUCUACAGAUUCGGAGGCAAGUAGCGAUUCUGACGACGAAGCUGGCCAGUACGACUGGAUCGGGAGGAAGCUUGUCAAAGAGAAGGAAGAGUGUAAAUAAUUUCUCAAAUGGUUACUUAAUAACAAAAUAAAAUUAUACUGUCACAACAGCGAUAA